AUGCCUUCAAAAGUGCACAAUUUCGGUGCUGGUCCGGCUAAAUUGCCCGAAGAAGUGUAUGAAGUUAUACAAAAGGAGCUAACAAACUUUGAGGGUACACAGAUCAGUUUAUUGGAGACAAGUCACCGAUCUCAAACUUACAUGAAAUUAAAUACUGAAAUUCAAAAUGUUGUUAAGAGGUUAUUAAAUGUCCCGGAUAACUACAAAAUUCUAUUCUUGUCUGGCGGUGGUACAGGUGAAUUUGCCGCCGUACCACUUAACUUGAUAUCACGAACUGGCUCAGCCGACUACGUUGUUACAGGCGACUGGUCAGCAAAGGCUGCUAAAGAAGCUAAGAAAUACGGGAAAGUCAACUUAGUACUACCACCAGGAGGAAGCCACACUGGAAUCCCUGACCAAUCACAAUGGAACUUAGAUCCUAAUGCUUCAUAUGUGUAUAUUUGUACUAAUGAAACAAUUCACGGUGUGGAAUUUGAUUUUGUACCGGACACUAAAGGUGUACCCCUAGUUGCAGAUAUGUCAUCAAACAUAAUGUCAAAGAAAAUUGAUGUCUCUAAGUUUGGUGUCAUAUACGCUGGGGCACAGAAAAACAUUGGUACAGCUGGUGUGACUUUAGUUAUCAUUAGAGAAGACUUGUUGGGUCAUGCAUUGCCAAUCUGUCCCUCAAUUUUAGACUGGGCUGCUAAUGCCAAGGCUGACUCGAUACUCAAUACUCCACCUAUGUUUGCAAUUUAUAUCAUGGGAAGAGUACUCCAAUGGGUGGAACGAAACGGUGGAGUAGAGGGCAUGGCUAAGAACGCCUCAAAGAAGGCUUCCCUCGUAUACGACAUAAUUGAGAACUCCAAAGGUUUCUACUACGCACCUGUAGCCAAAGACGCUAGGAGUAAGAUGAACGUGCCCUUCAGGAUUGGGAACCCAGGAAACGAUGCGUUGGAGAAAGAGUUCUUAAAAGGCGCUGAGUCGUUAGGACUUAUUCAGCUGAAAGGACAUAGGAAUGUCGGUGGUAUCCGUGCGUCAAUAUACAACGCUGUUACUGUAGAGGAGGUGGAGACUCUAGCCAAGUACAUGAAGGAAUUCCAAGCGAAAUAUUCCAAGUAA